AUGGACGAGCCGCCCAUGGUGGCGUUGCCGCCCAUCAAGGAAUCAGUUUCGGAAUUCAACGACCUCCCUCGGCCAGAGAAAAGACCAGAUGGCUCACUGAACCAUUGGGUAUUUGGCGCUUGCCAUUUCUACCUUGAUUCUGACUCGCCAGCAGAUAUAAUCAUCGCAGUCUACCCCCAGAGCGAAGACUUCAACAUGGACAGGCCGGGAAUGAUGGUCUCGAUGGAGACAGGAUCAGCCCAGGCUGAAGCCACGGUUCCAUAUCUGCUGGCUGCUUUCCUGGACUACAACCAGGACAUUCCGAACCAUCCCCCGCCCUCUGCGCCCUGGACCUGGUCCAUCCUAGACGCCGACAAGGCGCAGGCUGUCCAAGAUGUCCUCGAAAAACACGGUGUCAGACCCGAGAACAAGGCAGCCAAAGAUCCGGACGCUCGCGCACUGUUGAAGUCCCUGCAUCUCGAGUCCUGUCCAGUCGAUCAGAUGCUAAACUUGCACUUACCUCUCCGCUGCCUGGUUCUCGCCGGCCAAGACAUCCCGAAGAACCUAGAGCUGCUGUUUGGGCCGCAUUACGAACAAGGCGUCAAAAAAGACCACGAAAACAUGCGCAUCGAGUGUCUGCUCGACCCGCCGCCUGGCUCUCCAUCGCACGCGAAGUAUGCCACUACAGACGCUGCUUCGCUCAACCAAUCUCUGCGUCCGGCAACAGAGGCCGAACAGGAAAGGGUCAAGGAAGUCAGGGAUAUACAGGAACGGAUCCGUAAAAGAAGGGCUGAAGGCGAACCGCCAUCCCAAGAGGACACGCUCGCCAUCCUCUGGCCAAUCAGCGGCCGCAACUGGGAGGCUAAGUAUCCAGCCUUCGUUCUGGCGAGGAAGACCAUGAUGGACCUAGGUAUUGUACCUGAUGGAUUUCAGGGUUUAUCACUAUCCCCUAUGUGA